GUGAAUAAUCUACCUUUCAAUGGAGUAUGGCCGGGCGUGCGCAUGUCAGUUACCAUUAUUGGAGUAACUAAAAUGGAGAGAGAAACUCAUCGAAAACGAAAGUUGGAUAACAUGGAUCAUAUAUGAAAUAUGAGUCAUCAAAAAGAGCUAGAGAAAAGUAAAUACAGAAACUGGGUGAGAGGCGGUUUGGCGUAUAAAUAUCUUAAAGCAGGUCUCAAAGAAUUUGCUGAUGAUGUGGUUCAUCAAGAACAUAACAGAAUUCUUCAAUUUGCCAACACCAUGUCUGGACGUACUUGUAACCAAUGCUAUCUCAGAAACCUGCGACCAUUGCAUACUUGUCGGAAAGAUCAGACUGGCAGAAAUAAAUGCCCAUGGGGCCAGAACAGCUGUAACUGUCUCUUUACCAAAAAGCAGCCAUGUCCUUAUAAAAUAUGUGACACAAUUAUGGAAGAAAUUCUGAAAAGUCAUGGAUCGACACCGCCUACACCAUACUGGAAAAAUACGGAUAUACAGAAAUGGUGUUCAGCUCCUUGGGAGAUCGCCAAAUGUUUCAUCAAUGCACCGGGAUAUUCUGACAAGUCUGCGGCAGACGAUAUUGACACUCCAGGGUUACUUCAUGUCUUUAUCAACAAUAUCAAUCACAGGACACACUUGUUGGACUCAAUGAAUAAGGGCGACAUGUUUCAAAAGACUCUCAAAAAAAGAAAUGAAUUAUUCCAUUCACCGACCAUGGAAAUGGAAGGCACCAAGCUGAAUGAAUGUAUAGAUGACAUCAUAGAAAUUCUUGAAGAUGAAAAGGAACUGAAAGCAAGGCAUGACGCACAAGAAGCAGUCUUAAAACUUAAACAGUUGAAGCAGGAGAACUUUAUCAUUACUACACACAACGAGGUCGAGGUAUGCAGAGAUGCUCUAACAUAUAUUACUAACAAAGCAGAAGAACUGAAACAAACGAUUCAAGGUGCGAAAGACGAAAUUGCCAAGAAACAAGCAGAAGCUACUGAAGCAGUAGGUGAUGAGACAAAGAAAGUUUUGCGAGACGCUUUAGGAGAAUCAGACAAUCAAAAUGAGACGCUAUAUGAAAGAGUUGGUCGGCUUGAAUCAGAUCAUUUGGUUACAAAACAGCGGCUUACGAUACUGGAGAGUAAAGUAGACAAACUGGAAACAAUACGUCAAAAUCAGCAGAAACAGUUACACUACGUUGAAGGAAAACAAGCGCUUCAGAAUGGCCUGGUUAAAUUAUACCAGCAGCAUUAUGUAAAAACAUCUAUUUCACCCCUAAAAUCCCGAGAGAAUGACAUCAGCAUAAGCGAAGUUUAUGUUCCACCACAAAUGGCAGUCGAAACAAAACCAAAGUCCAAUGAUGGAGAAGACAGAGAAGUACAAACACCCACGCCUAAUAAAAGAUAUAUACAUGGAUAUCAUGAAAUAUUUCAAACAAAUGGACUAAAACAUAAAGCUGUUUAUAUAAUAGGUGAUGUUGGAACAGGAAAACGUUCUUUCUGUAAAAUGAUGAUUCAGAACUGGUGCACUGCUUUUACAGAUAAUUCAGUCAAUAUUGUUACUGGCAGUAAGAGUGGCAAUUCUACGGAGUCUGGUACUGGAGCUACUUACGAAGUUAUACAAGAGUCAGAUACACGUGGCAACAAAUUGUCCUCUGUGUCAAAAUAUGAACCGGAUCAUGUAAGAAAUAUUGUCACUGGCAGUAAGUGUGGCAGUUCUGUGGACCCAGAUACCGGAGCUACUUAUGAAGAUAUAAAAGAGUCAGAUACACAUGACAAGGAAUUGUCCUCUGUGUUUUCAUGCUCGUCUACGUCAGUUUCGAGUGACAGCGAAUUCUCGUCUACGUCAGAAUAUGAAUCAGAUGGGGACUUUCAAUACAGUAAUGAUCAGUCUUCAAAUGCAGUCGAUGGAAAUAUCAAUGAGAUUAGAAAAUUUGAUUUUCUUUUCUUCAUACCCUUGCGGAAAAUGUCGGGACUAAGCGAUAUAACUGAAAUGAUCAAAGCGAUUGUUACAGACGCCGGUCUUGCGUCAAAUGAUGUGAUAGACGGAAUACUUGAGCAAGAAUCGGAACGUUGUCUUAUCGUUGCAGACGGAUUGGAUGAAUGGACUCUUCCUAAAGAUAAAUAUCGUUUAUCACAUGUCAGUUAUGGUUUGCCAAAAAGAGACAGAGCAAAACAUGCAACGGUCAUUACACUUUCUAGACCGUCAGCUAAAGGAAUACUCAGCAUGAAGUCUUCGGAAUGUGAUAAAAAAGUUGAAUUAUUAGGAAUAAAUAUAAGAUUGAUAAAAUGUUUCAUUGAAAAAUACAUGUCACAGUCUAACAAUAAAGGUAUAUCUUCAAGGACAUUCAUGAAGAAAAUCAAAUCGGCAAAACUUAAACAUCUAGAGAAAACCCCUCUGCUUUUACAACAAUUGUUAUGGUUGUACUGCAACGGAAAUGAAAUUGGAAAGUCUACCAGCGAUACAUACAGUCAUAUUAUUAAUAUCAUGCUUGGCUGGUCUCAGAACAAAGAAGAGGAAGAAGACGUGGAAGAAAGGCAGAAAGGCUAUAUAAACGAGGAUAAAGAUGAGCAGCUCCCUGAAAUGUUACAUAAAUUUGACAGAUGUGAGGCAAACAAAAGGUUUCUCCUUCCAUUAGCUAGAGUUGCAUUUGAAGCCUUGACUUCAGAAACGGGAUCAAACGCAUUCAGCCGAAAACAUCUUCGAAAAAGAGGUGUUUCAAAUGAUUGUAUAACUACACUCAUCAAGUUAGGUAUUCUGGUAGAAGAGAAUUGCUUUGAUCCGACAAAAGAGAACACCAGGUUAGUAUUCAUCCACAUAUCGUAUCUUGAGUUUUUCGCCGCUGUACAUGUGUCUAGCCAAUAUAACAAACAUCAGUGCUCAAUACAUCAGAAGACAAUUUUGGAAGACCUAUUUCGAAAUUGUAAAUCAGCUGCCGACAUACUACAGUUAUCUAACAUUAUUAAAAUGGUAUGUGGAUUAUCUCCAAACAUAAUAUCAGAACUGUCAAAAAUGAUUUCAGAUAUUGUAUCUGGGGAUGAAAGUAUGAUAACACAUAGAAACACUUUGUCAGAGUGUUGGUGGGGAAAACCAGAUCAAGAGCUUAUGCAGAUUCAGAAUCUUCUGUUCAACUGUCUGUCCGAGGGAGAUUCAGAUGAUCAGCCAAUGUUCAGUCUUUAUGAUGUUACUAUUAUCUAUAAUAUAAAUGCAUCCUUAUUUCAAAGAAUAAUACAGGAGAAUGUAUUAUACCUUCAUGCUAGGUGUAUCUUAGAGGUUCAUGCUAGGUGUAUCUUAGAGGUAGAGCCAUGGAGGUGGAUUGCACAACUGGAACAUCUUCAGUAUCUCUACAUUUAUUCUAGUUCUUUACCGCACAGUGACCUCGUAUUGUUAUCCUCAUUUAUACAAGAAACACCUUUAAAAUUUCUUUCAUUGUUCCGUGUAUAUUGCAUCCAGUCUGAUUGUGAAGGUCAUGCCAUUGAUCUUUCUAAACAUGAUCAGCUUCAGAGACUUCAGCUUAUAGACUGUGACCAAGUGACAAUUCCUAACAUUAACACUAAACAUCUUGAAAUAUUACAUUUGAAUUCAUCCAGGAUAUUUAAUAUUGAUCUUCUGUUAAAUGCCAGCAGUCUGACUGAACUUCACUUUGGACCUAUAUACUUUCCUAGAUUAACAUACAAUCUGGAUUCUGUGAUGCAUACCUUAAAUCAGUUACGGAAACUCAAAUUAGAGCAGGUAGAUAUUAAUACCAAUGCUCUCACCGUUACACCUGAGAUGAAAUACCUUGAACACAUUGAACUACACCCAGACAGUAUGAGCCUGGCAUCGUGGCGUACUUUCGUUGAUAGUCUCCUUACUCUUCAACAAUCUGUAUCUGUAUCUUCAUUGGAUAGUUAUUUUUCAAGUAAAAUAGGCUACGAUAAAGGUAACUAUGUAAGACAGAAUAAAAUGUUUGAAGUGAUAGAAGAUAGCUGGGAGCAUUUCAAAUUUAGGACAAAGAAAUAAUUGUGACUAGCUCAGCAUCAUCUGGAAAUAUUGAGAACUGAAAAUGAA